CCUGCUGCGGCUGUCACUUCAGGGAAACGCUCUCAGGAGGUGGCAGCGCUUUUGAGCUUUGGUUCCUCUAAGCCCACAGGCUGCCUUCACUUGUCCGGGGACCCGGCUCCACUCCCAGGGUCGGACAUGGCGGAGACCGGAGGUGCAAGUGCAUACGGAGUCGCGCUGGCUGGAGUAGGCUUUGACUUCUACAAGUUCGUCCGACAGCCGCAAACAAUCGUGCGGGUCCUCAGCUGGGUGUUUGCCCUGGUGGUGUUUGCCUGCAUCACCACGGAGGGGUACGUCAACCCUCCUAGCAGCUCACAGGCAAAGUGCAUCUUCAACCAGAGCGACUCGACGUGUCAGUAUGCCGUGGGAGUCGGGGUGAUCGCCUUCCUGGCCUGCGUGGCCUUUCUCAUGCUGGAUGUUUACGUUCCCUUUAUGAGCAACGCCCAGGACAGGAAGUACGCUGUCAUGGCGGACCUUGGAUUCUCAGGCGCGUGGACCUUCCUGUGGCUUGUGUGUUUCUGCCUUUUGGCCAGUCAGUGGUCUCGCACUCAUGAUGUCAGGGCGAUCCCCGAGGACGCUGCGCGCGCCACCAUUGCCUUCUCGUUCUUCUCCAUUGCCACAUGGGGAAUCCUGACCUACUUCGCCCUGGGCCGUUUCCGUCGGGGCGUGGACGACGUCAGCAUUCCCACCUACACGGAUCCAGCCCAGGAAAUCCACACCCCGUACCCCCCCACCUAUGCUCCCACCACCUACACCCCCACCACCUACACCUACCCCAGCAACAUGCCCGAAUCCCAGAAGCAGCCCACCUUCACCUCAAACCUCCCGCCGCAGAGCGACACCGGCUACCUGCCGCCCAAAUACUGACGCAGUGGAGGGGGGUGGGAGGGGGUCUUCACGGAUGACGGGGCGCUGCUGAGCGACAGCGCUCUGUCGUAUCGAUGCGGUUUUACAUUCAAGUCAACACACUGUUCAAAGUGUCCGGGAGGACGUGAGCCUCACGGCGGCAGGCUGGAGACGACGGGCAAACGCUGUUUACGCCAACUGGCCUGAGAUCAGAUCUGAAGACACUGAAAGAGGCUUGAGCAAUGUGACCUUUCACCUGUGCGCAAAAGCAACAUUUACCUCAGACGAGCUGAACCUGCAGGGGAGAGGGGCGUUGCAGUGAAAACAAUCCUGUAGAGGAGCAACAAUCAGCGUGGAGGAGGCCAAACGUGUGUUUCUCUUUAUUCUAAAGACAGGACGGUCACAUGCCAUGUUGUUUUGAUUUUCAGGAUUUUUUUCUGUUUCUUUAAAUUGCUCAAAAAACUAUAGUAAUAGAAUUUACCAAAUGGGUUACAAGGUUUGUGGAGAAAAAAACCCCAACCUAAUUUAAGUUAUAUUUUAUAAUCAUGGAUUCUGUAAAAGUAACACAAAUCCUGUGAUAUAUAAUCAGAAAAGGUUUACCUUUCCUUUGCUGCUUAAACUCAUUAAAGCCAUAAUGAUUGAGCAUUUCCACCAGACUGACUGUACUAACUGUAACAGACGUGUGUUGGUUUGAAAAGGUAUACAAGUGCUGAACUGACCUUUGAACUUGCAGCUAACUUUCUGAUGGAGAGGGAGGAGCUUGGAGAUAACGCGGCACUUAUUGAACGAGUCUGUCCACUGAAUGUUUUCUUCUUCUCUCCCUCUGUGCAGCAUUUCUUCCUCCACCGCCCAAAAACAGAGCAACAGCACCCUUCCUAAGUUAAAUACUGACAUUUUUAGUUUUCUGAGACGUGAGGGGUUUCUUUAGUUAACAGGCUUCAAAGGUAGAACUACAGAUCACCAAAACCUGCUCUCUGAGCUUGCAGUUAAUUUGCUUCGCCAGUUCUUUCUGGUGCAGAUCAGAGACCAGUUUUGGUUCGUUGUGUGAGCUGAAUUUAGACCCGUGAGCAGAUUAUGUGUUUCUUGAGUCAUCUGUGAAAACGGUGGAGUGACGUCUGUCAUUUUUCAUACAAAAUGUGCGUAACUGGUUCAGAGAAAAAGGAAGAGACGACUUCGUUUGUACUGAGAAUUGCCUUGCAACAUCAUUCUGGUGGUCAAAGACAACAAAUCCAGGAGAGUUCCUCUGCUUUAAAAACCGCUUGCGCCCUGCAGAGGUAUUCAUACAUCCCAUUAAAUCUUGCUAAGAUACUCUGGAGUCCUGAGGGUGUAGGUUGUAGGAGGAUCGCAACUCCUAAGCUAGUUUGGGAACCGAAGAGUUUAAAAUGUGAUUAAAUCUUGAGGUAAUAUGUUUGAGUUGUAACAGCUGUGUCAAAUGCUGAAAAUCUAGUUCUUGGAUCUGUGACAUCUAAAGCAGCUUCUUUUAAUUUCUCACUUUAAACAGCUUGUUUUUGUUUUGUUUUCGUUCCCAAAAGUGCCGUAAAUGAUGUGGGCCUAAAAGUGUAAAAGUGAUGUGGCCAAGGAUUUGUGAUUUACUGAAUAACUGUAGCAAAUGAGCUCUGAAAUAUGUGUAAAUAAUGUGCACCUUGUUUGAUUCUUGCUUUAAAAUAAUAAACAAGUGGUUAAUGAAUGAAAAAACA